AUGGUCCACGAAGAAAAUGUCCAUGAGGAAAACAACAAGGAGCACCCCUUAGAAGAGUACGAAGAAAGAAUGGGACGACUCAAGAAUGUGAGUACUUUGUUAGCUGAACUAGUUCAAGAUUCCAGGAAAAAGAAAAAUACGAAUAAGGAAGAUAGUGCGUCAAUGUUUAAAAAGUUUUCAUCCCUUAACCCACCAUCAUAUGAUGGUAAGCUUGAUCCAGUUGAGUUUGAAGAUUGGAUUAACCGGAUGGAUCAGUUGUUCGAGACCUUGCGAUGUCCUGAAAGAAUCAAAGUUGACUUUGCUACAUUUUAUCUCACUAGUCAAGCAAGUUUGUGGUGGAAGGUCAACAAGGAAAGGAAGAAUGAGUCAGGAUUUAGUUGGACCAAACUCCAAGAGUUGAUGCGAUAUAGGUUUUAUCCAUUGUCUUUGAGGAGACAAAAAGAAGAUGAAUUCCUCCACUUGCAACAAGGAACCAUGAGUGUGCUGGAUUACGCAAACAAAUUCAUGGAGUUAUCAAGGUUUGCACCAGAAUUAGUAUCAACAGAACAAUCUAGGAUGAAUCGUUUCGAACGAGGUCUCCAUUUGAAAUAUCAGGACAGACUAUCAUCUCAACGAUUUACUUCUUAUCAAGAUAUGGUUGACGUAGCAGUUAAUGUGGAAAGGGUUGUAUUACUACGAGAGGCACAAAAUGUUGGCUAUAAGAGGAGGAAUGAUAACCAAAACCAAGGAGGAACAAAGAGGCAAAACCAAAGUCAACAAGGGGGUUACUCUGGUAAUAGAGGACAAGGUCAGCAAGGAGGGAACAAAAAUCAGAAUAAUAGAUCUCAAGUAGUGUAUGCUAAAUGUGGAAGGAGAAGCCAUAAUGAGAAUGAAUGUGGUGUCGGUACCAAUACUUGCUACCGAUGUGGGAGUCCUAGUCAUUAUAUUAAGGAUUGUCCUAAGUUCAUAACAGUUACACCAAUUUCAAAGGGACCAGCUCCAUCUGGUGCAGAUCGGGGAAGGAACAACACCAACACAGGAGGCACAAAUCGAAAUCUACCUCGACCACCCAUAACUGGAAGAGUUUAUGUGAUGAGACAGGAUGAGGCAGCCAAUGAUGACACUGUGAUCACUGGUAAUUUCUCUAUCCAUUCUUCACAUGCUCAUGUUCUCUUUGAUUCUGCAGCAUCACAUUCUUUUAUUUCCCCAAUAUUUGCCAAUAUUUUGCAAUUGAAACCAUAUCAUGACUUUAUUGGCAUGAGUGUUUCCCUCCCUACUGGAGAAACCGUAAAAUGUGGAACCAUGUAUAGAGACUGUCCAAUUAUUUUAGAGGGAGUCAAAUUCCCAGUUAAUUUGAUAGCUUUUGACCUAUGUGAGUUUGACAUAAUUCUGGGUAUGGAUUGGUUAACUAAGCAUGAGGCCAAAAUUGAUUGUGUUGAGCAAAGUUUAACCCUUAAGGCUCCAAAUGGAUAA